CAAACGGCCCACUUCACCUAGCCGCGACAAUUUUUUAAGACGUGAGUGUUAUUAAUACUCUAUAUAUAAAUAAAAUAUUCAUCUUUAGCAUUCCCAUGAGAAGAACAACGAGUUUGCCUUAUAAUUUCUCUUGGGCUAUCCAGCAACGUGAAAAAGCUCACCCAUGGCAACUGCUUCGUUGGUCUCUGCUGCUCUAAAAAGGCUCGAGGGAAAGGUGGCUCUCAUCACCGGUGGUGCAAGCGGCAUCGGCGAGGCCACCGCGAGACUCUUCUCUCAAAACGGAGCUAAAGUCGUUAUAGCUGACAUCCAAGAUGAUCAAGGUCAUUCUGUUUGUCAAGAGUUACACAAAUCAUCAGCUUCUUAUGUUCAUUGCGAUGUGACAAAUGAAAAAGACAUUGAAAACGCGGUGAACACAACGGUUUCCAAGUACGGUAAACUUGACAUCAUGUUUAACAACGCUGGCAUACUCGGUGUAAACAAUACCAACAUACUUGAAUACAAAUUAUCCGAUUUUCAGCAAGUGAUUAACGUUAACGUGCUUGGUGUCUUUCUCGGAACAAAACACGCUGCAAGGGUAAUGAUCCCUGCUAAACGAGGUAGCAUAAUUAACACAGCUAGUAUUUGUGGAAGCAUAGGUGGUGUGGCUUCACAUGCUUACACGAGUUCAAAACACGCAGUUGUGGGGCUGACGAGGAACACGGCGGUCGAGCUUGGAGCGGCUGGCGUUCGGGUGAACUGUGUGUCUCCUUAUCUUGUUGCUACUCCGUUGGCUAAGAAAUACUUCAACUUAGAUGAGGAUGAGUGUUUAAGCAUUUAUUCAAACUUAAAGGGUGCUAAUCUUUUGCCAAAAGAAGUAGCUGAAGCUGCUUUGUACUUGGGAAGUGAUGAGUCAAAGUAUGUUAGUGGUCACAGUCUUGUUAUUGAUGGAGGAUUUACGAUUGUGAACAAUGGAUUCUGUGUCUUUGGACAAUCUGUCUGAUUUUGUGUAUUUUGAUGUGUCUUAGCAAUUAUUGUUGUUUCUGGUAAUAAUAAAAUCUCGAGCUGCAUCAAGGAUGUCACAAGUCCUGCUAAUAAUAAAAUCUCGAGUUAAGUAAAA